AUGUCAGAUCCCUUUCUCUACAGCUAUCCCUCGCCAUUAGAAGGAUACGAGAACCUCCCACCUCUCCCCAACGAGCUCAACGACGACGGCAAAUCGUUCAAGAACCCGGACAACGGCGGCGUCCUCAGCAAGUCCUAUCAAAGGUUCACAUCUGGAAUCACCAACGGCCGCCGCGCCGGGUUCGACGUCCACAUCUACUACCACACCAACAGCGCGGAACAGACUCAGUACGCGAAAGCGCUGUGGGAGCGAAUCCGGAGGGAGUUUCCUGAAUUGAGAAUAUACAAGGUCUGGGACCGCCCCGUCGGCCCUCACACCAUGGCCAUGUUUGAGGUCAACAUCUUUACGCCGGCGCAGUUUGGCGCGUUCAUACCUUGGCUGGUCAUCAACAGAGGGCCCCUGUCGGCCCUGGUGCAUCCGAACACCGAGGACGGUGAUGAAUUGCGAGCUCAUAGUCAGCGGGCGACGUGGCUGGGUGAGCGGGUGCCGCUUGAUUUGGGGGUUUUGAAGAAACUUCAGGAUAAACGGCGUGCUGAGGCUGAGACUACGACUACUGGUACUACUAGUAGCGAACAGCAAGGGAAUGGGACGGCGGCAUGA